AUGUUUCGUUCCGCGCCUACAACACCCCCAGAGCAGGAAAACAACCUCAAAGACCGGCCCCCUAUUCGAGCAUCAACGACGUUCUACGAUCGGAUCGUAACCGAUUGGUGGUGGUGGGAACUACUCAGCUGGACUGUUAGUUUCGCUUGUGUGGCUGCUAUCAUAGGUGUACUUUGGUAUUAUGAUGGCAAAAGACAGCCGGAGUAUUUGGUAACAGGCAUCACGCUCAACGCAUACGUCUCUGUUUUUGCUGCAGUAUCCAAAGCAGCGUUGAUAUUACCUGUUUCGGAAGCCAUUGGGCAGCUGAAGUGGGUCUGGUUUCAGGAAGAGGCUGCGCUAUGGGAUUUCCAGAGUUAUGACGCCGCCAGUCGUGGGCCUUGGGGUGCAGCCAUGCUCCUUAUCAAGACAAGGUGCAGACACUUAGUAUCUCUCGGUGCCUUGGUAACUGUUCUUGCGCUCGCAUUUGAGCCGUUCUUCCAGCAGAUUGUGGCCUACCCGGAAAGAAUGACUGCUACCCAGCAGGGUAUCACCUGGGCUGCAAGAAGUUUUGUACCAAACUAUACGCCUAUACUGCGUAAAUUUUGCACAGACACCCGCUCAGACCCGACAAUGUCUGCAGUGAUUGACGCUGCUUUCAAUACUCCAGAGAUCGGGAUCAGACCGUCCACAGCCACGUGUCCCACAGGUAACUGCACCUGGCCUUCGUAUUCAACACUUGGUGUUUGCCACGAAUGUCAGGAUGUGUCCUCUUCGCUCGAGUAUCAUUGUAAGAACAACACAUCUUUGGAUCGUGCAACAGGUUUCAGAGAGGCAUCUGAUCCUUGCGGAUUCAAGAUCAACAACACUUUCCUGGUUGGUUCAACUGGAGUGGUGGGUUUUCGUAGAGUAACCAGUCUGACAACAUUGAUUGUGAACACUUCGAAUACCGCGGCACGAUUCGAUCCAUUUUUGAACUCUACCAAAUUUCGAGGCGCAACUUUGCCCAUUGUAGAUUUCUACAUUGGAUACACUCCUGGAGGACCAGCAGCCGUGAUGAGAAACGAGACACCAGUGUUUUCUGAAUGUCUGCUUACUUGGUGCGUGAAGACUCUACAGGCUCGAGUCAACAACGGCACCCUCGAAGAAUCAGUCGUCGACACUAUUACAAUACAGCCAGACAGCUAUAGCGCGUCGUCGCCAAUCGUUGCCGCACUUGGGCCUAAUGAGACCUUCAACAUCAUAAACCAGACCACGGAGAUUCUGCGCGACUGGAUUAUUUCUGAUCUGCCUCCUAUACUCUCCCAAAACCCGGAAUUUCCUUUCGGCUCUGAUAUGGGCAUAUGGAACUUUCACCACGUACCACCGUACGACUUUGAGGGUGGUCUUUCAAACCUCACUAGAGCAAUAACGAACAACAUGAAAUCGCGCGGAGUAGGCACCGUUCCUAUCGAGGGUACAGCAUGGAAAUCGGAGAAAAUUGUUCAGAUACGCUGGGUCUGGAUUACCUUACCUGCUAUCUUGCUCGUCGGAAGCCUGGUCCUGCUCUGCGCGACCAUAUGGGAAGGACGGCGGACCCAGGCUCCUGUGUGGAAAUCUUCGGCAUUGGCUACGUUGUUACAUGGGCUGUCCGAAGAAACGCAAAGACGUAUUGACCCGGACCUUUCGUCAAGUCAGAUUGAAGCAAUCUCCACUAAGCUUAGAGUACGCCUCUCGUCUCAGAGAGGCGAUGCGCGCUUGGUGGCAACAUAA